CAGGGUGGGCGGGGCGGAGGCGGAGGCGGUGGCCGGCGGCUGGGCCCAGCGGCUGGGCGGCUGGGCGGGGCGCGCUCAGGCCUCGGCUCCUCACGCGCGGCGUUCGCAGCCCCGAGCCCGCGCUGCGGGAAGCCCUGGCGGUGUGUACCGCUGGCGCUGAGAGCCGAGGCUGCCGCUGGAGGAGGAGCGGCAGGCACUGAGCCAACUGCUUCUACUCUGCCCCAGGACUGGCAUGGCAGUCCCUGAGGGAUGCCUUCCUUGACUUAAAGACCCCAGAGCCAUCUUGCAUCCUGCUUUCCCAGAAGAAAAGGUCUCAGUGAGGAAAGUGACUUGACAAGGUUAUCAGAUUGAGUCAUUCUAUCAAGAGCACUGCAUUGCCCACCUACUGCUUUCUGUUCAAUCACUUCUGUUUUUCCACUGGAAUACAGGUUUUUCUGUCAUUCACAGAAAAAUGGAUCAUUUAAGUCUUUGGAGGACUCGGUUGUCACAAUACUCCUCUACUACCAACUAAGAUUUAUGACAGUCAACUUAUGAUAAUAAAUUUCAACAUUACAGAAACACUGAAGAAUUAGAAGAUAGUCUUUCAUAAGAUAAUCCUAGAGUAUCAUGCUACUAAAUAAAACCUAAAAAGCACAGUUGUUGAAUCAUUAGACUUGAUAAUACACACACAUAUGUGCAGCAGCUACUGUCUACUGAUACUUACCAAACCUCAAAUUUAAACAUCUUCCCUUCAUGGAAAAUUAUAUUUUGCAAGAAACCACUGAGCAUUGUCAUUUACUGUUUUUUGAUAAGUAUCAUUAGGAAAAUUUUCUUGAAACACGUUCUAGAAAGUUCUAAGUCCCACCACUAGGUGAAUUUGAUAUUAUGGCAGCAACUUACAGACUUGUGGUUAGUACUGUGAACCAUUACAGCAGUGUGGUGAUAGACCGGCGUUUUGAACAAGCUAUACAUUAUUGCACUGGAACCUGCCAUACCUUUACACAUGGAAUAGACUGCAUUGUGGUACAUCAUAGUGUUUGUGCAGACCUCUUGCAUAUUCCUGUGUCUCAGUUCAAAGAUGUGGAUCUGAACUCUGUGUUUCUGCCCCAUGAAAAUGGGCUUUCCUCAGCUGAAGGAGAUUACCCUCAUCAGGCCCUCACAGGCAUAUCCAGGGUCAAGAGAGCAUCUGCAUUUCAGAAUACCUGUAACUUAAAGGACAUUGCAGGAGAAGCAAUCAGUUUUGCUAGUGGGAAAAUAAAAGAAUUUUCUCUUGAAAAACUCAGAAACUCGAACCAUGCAGCUUACAGAAAAGGAAGGAAAGUUAAAUCUGACUCAUUUAAUAGGAGAUCAGUUGAUUUUGACUUACUCUGUGGCCACUAUAACAAUGAUGGGACCUCUCCAUCCUUUGGCUUACUCCGGAGUUCCUCAGUUGAGGAAAAAUCUUUAUCUCAUAGAAACUCAUUUGAUACAAACCUGACUUCCAUGUUUCUUCAAAACUUUUCUGAAGAAGACCUGGUAACCCAGAUUUUGGAAAAACAUAAAAUAGAUUGUUUUUCUUCUGGGACAGACAUAAAAAUGUGCUUGGACAUCUUACUGAAAUGCUCUGAGGAUUUGAAAAAAUGCACAGACAUUAUAAAACAGUGCAUAAAGAAAAAAUCAGGAAGCAGCAUCAAUGAAGGAAGUGGCAAUGAUACAUUUUCUAACUCUGAAACUGUCUAUAUGAAUGUAAUGACCAGGUUAGCAACCUAUCUGAGAAAGUUACCAUUUGAAUUUAUGCAGUCUGGGAGUAAUGAGACUGUAGAUUUAACAGAACUGGUCAGUAAUAUGCCCAGCUUACAACUGACUCCCUUCUCGCCAAUAUAUGGGACCGAACAGCCCCCUAAAUAUGAAGAUGUUGUCCAGCUCUCAGGUCCUGAUGUUGGACAGUUUCAGUCUGUUAAAAUGCAGGAUGAUAAGCAUAAUUCUAAGCAAGCAGACACUGCAAAAGCCACUCCAAACAACACAAAUUCCUUGUAUAGCUUGGAGAUAAAUGAUCCCAGAAUUCUAAAAGCUGUUCAGCUUCAAUCACCAUCAUUAACUAUGAAUCCGUUAGAGACUGUUUCUUCUGGUGACUUAAUGGAAACUCUUUAUAUUGAAGAAGAGUCUGAUGGAAAGAAGUCAUUAUUAGGUAAAGGACGAAAAAGAGAGAAUGGACAAGGUCAAGAACUGUUAAAAGUAAAUGAACAUAAAGAAUUUCCAGACCAUGAUACUCAUUUUAAAAAAUGUCCUGCCUCAAUGCAAAAUGAAGUUGGUAAGAUAUUUGAGAAGCCAGUUGUUCAUCUGCCUGAAGAAAAAUCUAAAUUAGAAGUUCCUAAAGUAGAACUAGGAGACCAGAGACAUUCUAUGAACUCUAAUGGUCAAGAAGAAAUAGAUAAAUUGUUAAUGGAUUUGGAAUCAUUUUCACAGAAGAUGGAGACCUCUCUGAGAGAGCCACUUGCCAAAGAUAAAAGCAUCAGCCCUCUAAAUAGUCAUAGCCAUUUGACUGGACAGAUCUCUUCAGAUCCUGAGCCUAAAUCCAAAGUCUCUUCACCUGCAGAAAAAGUCUCACCUUCCUGUCUAACAAGGAUUAUUGAAACCAAUGGACACAAAAUAGAGGAAGAAGACCGAGCCCUCUUACUGAGAAUUUUGGAAAGUAUUGAAGACUUUGCUCAAGAACUAGUUGAAUGCAAAUCAAGCAGAGGAAGCCUAUCACAAGAAAAGGAAAUGAUGCAAAUUCUACAGGAAACUUUGACAACUUCCUCCCAAGCCAAUUUAUCAGUCUGUAGAGGCUCUAUUUGUGAGAAAGCCAAAGAUACUACUUCAGUUGUUUUAAUUCAGCAGAUGCCAGAGGUGAUCAAGAUUCAAAAUAAACCAGAAAAGAAACCUGCAUCGUCACUUCCACCUCCAUCAGCCCUUCCAAGUAGCCCUCAGCCUAUUUCUUCUGAGCCUCAUGUGAAUAACGUGAAUAUACCCUUGUCCAUAAACAUUCCACGAUUCUACUUUCCUGAAGGACUCCCAGAUACCUGCAGUAACCAUGAACAGAUUCUAAGCAGAAUUGAAACUGCUUUCAUGGAUCUCGAAGAUCAAAAAGCAGACAUUUAUGAAGUGGGGAAAAUUGCAAAGGUCUGUGGCUGUCCAUUCUAUUGGAAAGCCCCCAUGUUCAGAGCUGCAGGGGGAGAAAAGACUGGAUUCGUGACAGCACAGUCAUUCAUUGCCAUGUGGAAAAAGUUGCUGAAAAACCAUCAUGACGAUGCCUCAAAGUUCAUCUGCCUUCUAGCAAAGCCCAGCUGUAGCUCUCUAGAACAGGAGGAUUUUAUCCCUUUACUUCAGGAUGUGGUAGAUACACACCCUGGCCUUACGUUCCUGAAAGAUGCUCCAGAAUUCCACUCUCGCUACAUCACCACGGUUAUUCAGAGGAUAUUCUACACAGUCAACAGAUCUUGGAGUGGAAGAAUUACUUCAACAGAGAUAAGGAAAAGCAACUUUUUGCAAACUCUGGCACUUUUGGAAGAAGAGGAAGAUAUAAACCAAAUCACAGAUUACUUCUCCUAUGAACAUUUUUAUGUUAUUUAUUGUAAAUUCUGGGAACUAGAUAGUGAUCAUGACUUAUACAUCAGCCAGGCUGAUCUGUCUCGAUACAAUGACCAAGCUUCAUCAAAUAGAAUUAUAGAAAGGAUAUUCUCUGGGGCAGUAACAAGAGGAAAAACAGUACAGAAAGAAGGAAGAAUGAGCUAUGCAGAUUUUGUUUGGUUUUUGAUCUCUGAGGAAGACAAACGGAACCCCACUAGCAUCGAGUAUUGGUUCCGCUGCAUGGACGUGGAUGGAGAUGGUGUACUCUCCAUGUAUGAGCUGGAGUACUUCUAUGAAGAGCAAUGUGAAAGAAUGGAGGCCAUGGGCAUUGAACCCUUGCCAUUCCAUGAUCUGCUGUGCCAGAUGCUUGACUUGGUGAAGCCAGCCAGUGAUGGCAGAAUAACUCUACGAGAUCUGAAGAGGUGCAGAAUGGCUCAUAUCUUCUAUGAUACUUUCUUUAACCUGGAGAAAUACUUGGACCAUGAACAGAGAGAUCCCUUUGCAGUCCAGAAGGAUGUUGAAAACGAUGGCCCUGAGCCCUCUGACUGGGACAGGUUUGCUGCUGAGGAGUACGAAACUCUUGUCACAGAGGAAUCUGCCCAAGCACAGCUCCAUGAGGGCUCCUUUGAAGAGUACGAAGCAGAUGAACGUGCCUCUCCCUCUGAAUUUGGAAACAAGGCCAAUAAAACAGUAAGCUCAAGUCUUCCAGAAAAAUGUGGGAAGCUUCAGUCAGUGGAUGAAGAAUAGCUGCCAACAUCUACACAUGAGGAAAAUGAGUAUUUCAGUAUUUGUGUGAAGAGAUGCUCUAGUUUGCAUACUGCUUUGUAAAAGCUUUGAUCCCAAGUGUGUUUAUGCACUAGAAACUUUAAACUGUUUUAAGUAAUUCAACAUAGGAGGCUCCUCCAGUUUGCCUCAAACCUCUUCCAGAGCUUUCCUUGAAAAGUAACAGCCUACACUUACCAUCACCUCCCAGUCUGCAAUCAGCACUUUCACCUGAAUGUAUGAAGGCUCUCUUGGAAACAAGGCCAAGCACAGUUCUCUGUACAGCAGAAGUUGCCUCCGUGUUGGCCAGCCUUCCUGAAGCCUCUCAGGCUCCUAUGGAACCUAGAAACUUCACUUGCAGAAGACUUGAGUCAAAAAAUCUGGAACUUGAAAUAGUAGUAAGGGCCUUCAGAAUUGACUCUGUCCUAGUAAAGAAAGAGCUGCCAAACAUCUCAGAGACUUUUAAUUAUGUGUACUGGAGUUAAGGAUCUUGAACUUACCUGGUUUAAUGUAAUUUCACAAUUUCCUGCCAAACUGCUAGUCACUUUACAUUCUCAGGUAUUGUAACCACUGGGCCUUCCAAUUUUGCUAGCAAGCUCUGACAACCUCCCCAUGCUGGCUAUGGAUCUUGUAUAAACCAAGAAAGAUCUUUAAAAUCUUUAAAUGAAGACAAGUACAGAAUUUGGCUCUUUCUUGGGGGGGUGUCUUGACUUCGAGUGAUUUGUUAAUCUAUAUAUUAGCUGAUGAUGUAUCUUCAUUUCUAGCAGAAGGCCUACUUGGAAACUUAAAAGGAAUGUGACAGUGUGAAAAGUUCUCACUAGACAGAUUCCCUUCCCUUUGUUCAAUAUUAGACUAAGUCAAAAGUAAAAGGCUCAAACUAAACAGUAUUCCUUACUUCAUAUUAAACAAACUAGUAGACCGGGUAUUUCAUUUCAUUCACCUCAAUAUUACCACAAAAAUUACAAAACAAUGAUUCUCAUCCAUAGUAGAAAGCUUUUAUUUACUACAGUGGUAAACGUAUUUCAGAGUCCUAUAUUUCUUUUUAGCAGGCCAGAGUGCAGCCAAAUCCUUGUCAUCCUUCACACCGUAAAUAAACUACUAAAAAGGAUGGACAUUUCUAAAGUCAAAGAUUACCCUCACACACACCUCAAGCAACUCUUUACCAUCCCUAUCUACCAUCCCGAGUUUUUUAUUUCAGUCUUUUAAAGGGUCAGAACAGCCUUCCUUUCUUCUCCGUCUCAGUUCCCUCGCUAAUACAAAGGUGGAACAUGGAAAAGGGAGAAUUUAGGAAACGUACAACUAGUGUAAGUUAGCAAUCCUGUCUGUCACAAGAUCCUCCCAGUUUCCUGGUUAUUUUACCUUCAUGACUGGAACUGAUCUUCCAAGUUAUCAGUUACAGGAAGUAGUGACUAUUAAAAAUAAGAGCUCACCCACAGAAUUAAAACCUAAUGGUGAAUAAAUUUUUGGAAAAAUACUACCAUACAGGUACCUAUGAUCUCAGAAUAUAGGAGGUUAAGGCAGGAGACAGAAAAUCUGCUAUGUACGAUGGCCUAACCUACUGGGAAAUUUGAUUACCAUCAGACAUGGUGAUGCACAUCUGUAAUCCCAGCAGUCACUCGGGAGGUUUAAGGCUGAGGCAAGGCGAGCCCAAAGUUUAAGGCUGGACUGGGCUACAGAGUCUUAAACAAGAUUUAUGAUACAUGUUGUUUAUCAAUAAUCACAUUCACUCUUUACCAGGAAGGGAAAGCGACUAUUUUUAAUUUCAUAUAAAAAUGCAAAAGAAAGUAAUACUUUAAAAACCCAAAUGCAACUUAAAAUAUUUUAGUCAAAUGUUCUAAAUUAUUUGAAACUCAUCAAAACUUACAAAAUAAAAUUCAAUUUUAUAAUAUCCUUUUUUGAGACAGGGUCUCCCUGUAGCCCCAGGUGUCCUGGAACUCACUAUGUAGACCAGGCUAGGCUCCAACUCACAAAGAUCCACCUGCCUCUGCCUACCAAGUGCUGGGAUUAAAGGCAUGCGACACCACGCCUGGCUCCUUUUUUCUUUUUUAAAUGAACAUGGGGCUGAGCUAGUUAGGCCUCAGUAGCUACACUGAAAUUGUAUGCAAUUUUAUCUGUGGUGCUGGGGAUCAAACCCAGAGCCUUCCACAUGCUAGGAAAGCAUUCUACCACUGAAAUUCUCUUGCUUUUUACUUUGGUCAAUACUUGGUUUUAAAUGUUUGUAUCAUAAAAGCACAGUUAUCAAUACCAUCCCAUUUAAGAUAGACUAGUCUGGGUUAGCCAAAUUAUAUGCUUCAUCCAAGUCCUUUCUUAGAACUGAAUGCAAGGAAUAUAAAUUCUAAGAAACUAGGUUCCUGUUUGACUUUUUGGUAAAGAUCAUGCCAUUACUCAUAUUACCUAAUAUUCAUUACCACCAACCAAACUAUAAAUUUCAACUGGUUAGAAUAUCCCAGGAACCUUGAUAAACAUUAUGUUAUAAUCUAAAUAUUAUUUAAUGAAAGGGGGUUUUCAUAGAAUCUUAACUGCCAAGGUAAUCAAACUAAUAAAAUUCUGUAUAUUGUCCCUGUAUCUUCUAUCACUGUGUACAACUCAAAAUGUUUAAGAAAAACGGGAAAAAAAAAAAACCCUUUAGAUUGAACAAACGUCAUUUGCUCUGUUUUGAAAAUGUUAGUGUGUUUGAGUGGAGACGGCUGCAUGACUUGUUUUCCCCUUUUUGCCAAACUUUAAAUAAAGCUGUCAAAUGUAUGAAUCAUGCUAAGAUAAUCACUACCUACUUUUGUUGCUGACACAUCUACAAUUCAUUUUUGUGUCUAAAAGACUAACACUGUAAAAGUUGAGUUUUAGAAAGAAUGACUCUUCGAACCCCUGAGAACACUAUAAAGAAAUACGGUAUCUCAAUCUAUGAAGUGUUUUCCUCUAGGGAUAAAGGGACCAGAGUUUGGGAGUGAAGGGUCCACAGGGAUCAAAGGGAACUUUAAUCCCAUCCAUAUAUGUUAAAAGACUUGUCACUGCAUGUUAUUGAGUAUCUAAAAUGUAAUGUUUUAAACUCAUGAAAAAUACAUUAAUUACCAUCAGAGUGUCAGAUCCAGACACUAGAGUCUGAGUUUAGCAUGUCCUAAAGCAUUAUGGUACCUAUAGAGAAAGACAAUUUUAUUUUCAUUUGUUAUUUAAAAAAAAAAAAAAAAAACUUUACUUUUCUUCAACAAGGUUAUUGGGAUUCCCCCCCCCCCUUAAAGCAAUGUAUUAAGGCGAAUUCUCUCCCAUGGGACCUACUGAUUGAAAUGCUAACUCAGAAAAAGAUUCAAGAUGCACCCCUUUAAAAUGCUGUCUUGUGUCAAAUCCUGAUGAAGCAAAUAAACCCAGUUCCUUCAGUAAAUUCCUAAUCAGUUAUUCAUCAUAAAUAAGCCAUGUUAUAAAGGAAAACAAUAUACAAACCAAGGCACUGUAGUUCAUUACUCUUCCCCAAAUUAAUACAGACCAUUCAGAGCAUGCUAUCCCAAACUCCUCAGUAUUCUACAACAUAGAAUUAGAAAACUAUCAUUUAUUGAUAGAUUUAAGGUGUAAUACAGGUUUCCAAAAGUGUGGCAGUGAGAAUACCAGCAUAAAAAAGAGAAGAAACUUGUGCUAAAAACAACCUGAAUUCAUCAUUGGCAAUAUUACAUAACAAACAGGUUCUCACAUACUGAUUUCCACUUUGUCUAUGGCCAACCUCCCAUGCACCAAUGAACAAACUAAGAUUAUCAAAUCUGGGGAGCAAUGAAGUACUCAUGAAUUUUAAGAUCAUAUUAUGAAAAUCUGGGAGAUUUGAAAAAUAUAUCCUAAUCACUCAUGUACAAUCUCAUUUCUAGUCAUUUUCGCAGUGAUCAUUAGUGAAUUAAAAAAACAGAUUUACAUGAUUAUGUAUCAGGGCAUCUCGAUUCAACACAAACUGUUACAAACUUUAGGUAAAUACAUGUUUCAUAAGACACAGCUAACACUUAAAGGAAUUAAAUAAAAUUCCAAAACUUGGUAAGCAAAUAAAGACAAGACAACUAAGAAGCAUUUUCCACCAUUUACUCUUGUUAUCAAAAAUAGUUCAACUCUUCUUGCAAAACAAAAACAAAAUAGUACAUACUGGACACAUACAUCACAUUUUUUUUCCUAUGGCUUCAGCCCACCCCCACCCCACCAAAAGAGAUCCAAAAAAUUUUUGUGUUUUUUUCUUAAAAGCCCAAUGACAACAACAAAACAACUACCUGACCACAUUCACAGAAAAUGACACCAGGAUACACUACAAAACAGGAGGUGUCAUCUGCUCUGUGUCCAAAGGAUUCUUCUCCAUGUCUUGUAUGAGGCGAGUAACCAUCAUUGAACAUGCUGUGUGCCAAAUCAAAACAACUUCAACACAUCAGAUCUCACUAGAGAUGGUGAACAUAGUAGAAAUUGGAACUUUUCCAGCAGUAUUUUUCGUAAAAUAAGCACUGUCAAAGCAACAACUCUUCUUUUUAAACCAUAAGGUUAUCUCUACACCCAGUCAGUCCUUGUUUACUUAGGCUGUGCUCUUUGAAGCAACUGACUAGAUUUCCCUUCAACAGAAUGUUUGUCUUCCCCACCAAGUUAAGGGAAGAAGUACAUUAAAACUGAAACAGUUUGUGCUUUGCAUGCAAAGAGCAUUCUACAGAAAAUCCUCCAAGCUUUAAAUCUAUCGAAACGCACAGGCUUCAUAAAAAGGCAUUUUUAUUAGGCCUCAAUAAAAGAAGCCUUCAUAAUGAAUAGCACCCUAAAAAAAAAAAAAA